AUGGUCAGCACUGGAAUGAGCCUCGACAGUGAUUCAAGAAAUGGUCCAUACCGUUUAGGAAGAUGGACGUCAACUGAUGGUUCAGUCCUUUCAUACGGUCAAGUGUACAUCUAUGAUGUCGAAAUAGCUGCACAAUUCAGAAAGGCUCAGCCUUCAAAUCAAGGAUGUGACCCAGUCCUUAUGAAAAAUCUCACACGUGAACUUCAAGCAGUCAAUCGUUACAUGAGUGAUUGCAAAACACUUAAUGAAAUGAUUGCUUCAGAUUCAUCCAACGGGCAGAAUCUUCUAAUGAACAUCGUUGAACAGCGUGGAAACGCUGUUCAACGGGUUGAGGAAACUGCGGGUGAUGUUGCUGCUGUUUUUCAAGCAAUAGAUGACGAACCUCCUGGAAAUCAACAGAUCCAAAUAUAUCCAAGAGAUGCAGAAUCUAUAAUAUGUAAGAUGUAG